UGCGCGCGAGAGCUGGCGGUCAGGGCCGGGCUUGGAGUGGACCAGUAGGGGCUGGGAUGGGGACCAGGCGGGUGCCUUUGGGGAGACCGUGUGUCACCAAGUAUAGCUACGUGAGAGGCUGGGGGUGUGACAGUGUGUUCUUCUAUGCCACCAAGUGUAUGAUUGUGCGCGACUGUGACCCGUCUGUCUGGUGUAAAACUCUAUGUGUGCGUUUAUGUGGGUCUCUCUCUGCAGGUGCUGUUGUGCAUAGAUUUGUGAGACACUGGGUGUGACAUGGUGUGUGUGUCGCCAUGUGGAUGUGUGUGAAUGAUUAUGUUAGAUCACUUGUCUCUGUGGAGAUAAGUGCGUUUGAAUGUGUGUGACAGAAGGUGUGAUUUUGUGCCCAUGACCAUCUACCUCUGCAGGUAUAAUUUUGUAUGAGUAAUUGUGGCAGGAUGUGUGACCUUUUGUGGUAUGUCACUGUGUAUGAGGUUGUGUGUGAUUGUCUCUCUGUUGGAGUGCUUGCGUAUCAUCAUCUCUGUCUUUGUGUUUAUGCCACUGUGUAUGUGUGUAACAUUGCAGGUGUGAUUGUGUAACCAAGUAUAUGUGUGUGAUCAGGUGAGAAUUUGUAUGUUUGUGUGAAACCUACUGUGUGAUUAUGAGGCACAGUAGAUUAUGGUAGGAUUAAAAUUACUCACCCACGUUGGUACAGUUUACUAAGAGACAGAUCUGGGACUUAAACCCACGCUAUUUGGCCCCAGCAUCCUUGCUUUUAAGUACUAAACUCCCUUGAUCUUUCCCAUGUUGUGAUAGCAAAAGAUGGGGCCCCUAGUUUCUGAGGGUGUUGUGUAGAGGAUUGUCUGUGCUUUCUGGAUCUGGAACUUUAAUCUGAGUCUCUUCAGUCCCUUUGAGAGUCACAGAACCCCAUGUAAAGACAUUGUGGUGAGAUCGUCGUCAUACUGGCUGCUUUUGGGGGCGAAAAGCCCAAUCUGGAAACCCCGGCUUCCUCUCUUUAGGAAGCCAUGGAGUUUGAGAUUUAUUUUUUAUUUUUAUAUUUGUUCUUGUCAAAACUCUUCCAUGGUUGGUGCUGAGAAAGGCAUGGCUCCUUUAAUCGAGUACCAAGUGAACUAAGUUUUUGGUUUUGACUUUUUCUCUUAAUAAAGAAAAGUGUUCUCAUUUCUUUUUCACAUGUGUGUGUAGAAUCGAAGCGGCAACAAGAGUGGCCCUUCUCUAUGCCAGGAGUUGGCUCAUGCAACUCCUGGCAUAGAGAGUAGUGAGGAAAGAAAAGCUGUGACAGUCGGACAGUGAGGGAAGCAGUGGAGAUUCAGUGUGCCUCUGGGGGCUAGAUAAAGCCCAAGUCUUUUCCAUCACUUUCUUUCAGAGACUGAUGGUUCCUCUCAAAUUUGAAAAAUAGUAUUCAAGAGAUACACAGCCAUUUGGAACAGCAAUUUAGAAGGACCUUGUUCCCCAGAAGAGAAAAUUAAAGGAAGAAAAGAAUGGCGGUUGGACUAUGUAAAGCCAUGUCCCAGGGUUUGGUGACAUUCAGGGAUGUGGCUCUAAAUUUUUCCCAAGAAGAAUGGGAAUGGCUGGACUCAUCUCAGAAGGAUUUGUACAGAGAUGUCAUGUUGGAGAACUACAGGAACUUGGUAUGGCUUGGACUCUCCAUUUCUAAGCCCAACAUGAUCUCCUUAUUGGAGCAAGGAAAGGAACCUUGUAUGGUGGAGAGAGAAAUGUCAGAUGGUCAGUAUGCAGACUGGGAGUCUUGGUAUGAAAUCAAGGCAUUAUCUCCAAAAUGGUACAUUGAUGAAGAGGAAAUAUCCCAGGGGAUAAUAAUGGAAAGACUUACAAGUUAUGGUCUUGAAUGCUCCAGUUUCAGAGCAUCUUGGAAAUAUGAGGGUGAAUUUGCACGACAUCAAAGAAAUGAGCAGAGGCAUUUCAGGCAAGUGACGACUCAUAAGGAAAUCUCUGCUAUGAAAAGAGACAAUGAAUAUAAUAAUUCUGAGAGAAAUGUUCUCUUGAAGUCAGUACUUUUAAAACAACAGAGAGUUCCCACAGUAGAGCAAGUACAUAAAUUUGAUAUUUAUGAUAAAAUGUUCCCCCCAAAUUCAGUCCUAAUUGGACAUAAAAGGCUACAUGCUGAGAAGGAAUCUUUGAUAGGUAAUGAAUGUGAAGAAUUCAACCAGAGUACAUACCUUAGCAAAGAUGCAGAAAUUCCUCCUGGGGGAAAACCUUAUGAAAGUAAUGAUUUUUCAAAUCUCUUAAGUUUCCACUCAUUACUUACUCAACAUCGAACAACUCAUUUUGGAAAAUUGCACCAUGGAUACAAUGAAUGUGGUGAUGCCUUUAGCUGUUACUCAUUCUUUGCUCAACCUCAGAGAAUUCUCAAUGGAGAGAAACCAUAUGUGUGCAAUGACUGUGGAAAAGCCUUUAGCCAUGACUUCUUUCUCAGUGAACAUCAGAGAACUCAUAUUGGGGAGAAACCAUAUGAAUGUAAGGAAUGCAACAAAGCUUUCAGACAGAGUGCACACCUUGCUCAACAUCAAAGGAUCCACACUGGAGAGAAACCCUUUGCAUGCAAUGAAUGUGGGAAGGCCUUUAGCCGUUAUGCCUUCCUCGUUGAACAUCGGAGAAUUCACACAGGAGAGAAACCAUAUGAAUGUAAGGAAUGUAACAAAGCCUUCAGACAGAGUGCACAUCUUAAUCAGCAUCAGAGAAUUCACACUGGAGAGAAACCCUAUGAAUGUAAUCAAUGUGGAAAAGCCUUCAGCAGACGCAUAGCCCUUACUCUGCAUCAAAGAAUUCAUACAGGAGAGAAACCUUUUAGGUGUAAUGAAUGUGGGAAGACAUUUGGCUAUCGCUCACACCUUAAUCAACAUCAGAGAAUUCACACUGGUGAAAAGCCCUAUGAGUGCAUAAAAUGUGGAAAGUUUUUUAGGACUGACUCACAACUUAAUCGACAUCAUAGAAUUCAUACUGGAGAGAGACCUUUUGAAUGCAGUAAAUGUGGGAAAGCCUUCAGUGAUGCUUUAGUUCUAAUUCAUCAUAAGAGAAGUCAUGCAGGAGAGAAACCCUAUGAAUGUAACAAAUGUGGGAAAGCGUUCAGUUGUGGCUCAUACCUUAAUCAACAUCAGAGAAUUCAUACUGGAGAGAAACCCUAUGAAUGUAGUGAAUGUGGAAAGGCUUUCCAUCAGAUCUUAUCCCUUAGGCUACACCAGAGAAUUCAUGCUGGAGAAAAACCCUAUAACUGUAGUCAAUGUGGGAACAAUUUUAACUGUGCUUCAGCCCUUAGACGACAUCAGAAAAUUCAUAAUAGAGAAGCUCUCUGACUGUGUAUAACAAAUACAAGAAAACAUUGAGUCACCAGUCAAUCCUUAUUAAAUAAGUAUCAGUGAAUUUUUCAGUUAGUAAUUCUUUGGAUAUAGUACAUAUGGAAAAGCCUUCAUUUCAUGAGCAUCCCUUAUUUGAAAUAGCCUAAGUGGUAGACAUCUAGUACUUUUAGAUCUCUUCUAUGCCCCGUUUGAGACCCAACUCACCUUCAAUGCAUAUCAUUCUGAUGAAAUUGUUUAAUCAGGGAGAGCAGUGGAUUGGUCAUAGGCUGGCCAAUUAUUUCCGUCAAUCUAAUGAUGGAUAAGAGAUUUACAGAUGGCCCUGUCCUGACCAAUAGAGCCCUCGGGGGUCAUCGUUAUGGGUAGUAAGAAAGGAUCAUCCCCCGUACCAGGAAUUGCAGGAUUUAAGGAUUAUGUAGCAGGGUUAAAAACUCACCAGUAGCCGUUUUGCCACCAUAUGAAGAAAGCCUUCCCAGGAUAAAUCCAACACAAAGGAAAAUGGAGAUCAGAGACAGAAAUUUGAGGAUAUUGUUUGAUCUUCUGUAUCCAGUCAUGCCCCAAAUCUGUACCAUCUUUUACUUUUUCAUUUUUGUGAUCCAAUAAAAAAUUCUUUUUGCUUAA